AUGAGGGUUAAAAUUAUUAAUUUUAACCCUCAAGAUGGCGUCUCUCAGUAAGCAAGAGACAUAUCGCCUUCUCAUGAAAGAAAAGAAAGCAAAAAGGAAUGCAGUGCCAAGAAUAGACCACCCACUUGCAAAGUAUAAUUCAGUUGGUCAGCUAACAUGUGUUAUUUGUACUGUGACUAUUAAGAGUGAGUUAUUGUGGCAAACUCAUUUACAAAGCAAAACUCACAAGCAGAAUGUAAUUGAAUUAAAGACUCUCUCGGACUCUAAAGAAACUUUGCAAAAGCCACGGCAGACAAAGACAGGACCAGCUUCUGUCGGUAAUGCUGUCUCCUCCACUGAUGCUGAGGGUUUUGUUAAACCUACUGUACCGCCUUCAAGAAAAAGACGUUUAUCAAAUACUAAGGAAGCAGAAGAAGACGAUGAGAUUAAGAGGAGAGAUAAGCCAAAGACUGAGGAAGAGAGUACAAGAGUUGCACAGGUGCCCCCUGUAACAAAAACUGAAGGUUUGCCUUCUGAUUUUUUUGAUGCUCCGACUACCAGCAGCAGCAGUGAUAGCAGCAGUGUAGAAGUACCUGUACAGGAAACUAGCAAAGAUAAAGCUAAGACAGAAACGAAAGAGACCAAAGAAUCUAAUGGUAAAGAUGACUCUGGCAAUCUACCUGAAGGGUUUUUUGAUAAUCCUGUCGUUGACGCAAAAGUACGAAAAGUUGAAUACAAAGACCCAUUGGACGAGCAAUGGGAAGCAUUUCAAAAGAGCAUAUCAAAAGAAACGGAUGUUUCUCAAGCUAUUAUUGAAGUGGAUGACGAGGAGAUGAAUCAAGUGAGAGAACUAAGUGAAAUCAAUGAGCAAGUUCACUGGUAUCAGCGUGCUGAGAAUUUAAGAGUAAGACAAGAAGUAAAGGUUGCUUCAAAAAACGUCAAAACUGAACUAGACGAGGAAAUAAAGAGGAAUGAUGUGAAAUAUGAAGAGGAGGAGGAUGAUGAUGCUGAAUUGUUGGAUUUAUUUGACUGGCGUUUUAAGUCAUCUCAAUAAUUAUAGCAGCUGUGUUGUAUAAUGUCAAUGUACUCUCAAUUAAUUAAUUAUUCUCAAUGUA